GAAACAUCACCACCCAUGGCAUCUCCCCAUUCAAAGCAGGAAGACCUCUUGAUGAGGAUGAGGAUGAUGAUGAAGAACCCAACCUAUGACGAACCUAACAUGAACAAGUCCGUCGAAGAAGAAGGAGAAGAGGGAGAAGAAGGAGAACGAGAACAAGAACCAUACCACCUCUUCGACGACGUCCUCGACCUCACAUCUGCCAAAACCGCCGACCACGACCUCCAAUACCUCACCGCCCUCCGAGCCUCUUUCCCCUCCAUGAUCGUCACCGCCAUUCCCGUUCCCAACAUCCCGCUCUUAUCCUUUGCUUCUGCAGGUCACGCUCUCGCCGAGCUCGACUUGGAGACGGACUCGUUUGCUUCGUGGCGUGGCUAUGUUGGACCUUCUUUACAAGCUCGCAAUGGAGGGUUGGCGGAGAGUGUGCAUUUUGCAAAGUAUGCGUAUCGCUGGGCUGGGGAGGGGUUUGUGGUUUAUGUGGUGAAUCAUGUGCAGUAUGUGUUGAAGGAGAGGGCUAGAGGGGAACAUCCUUUGGGGCCGAGUGGGAAGACGGAUGAGUUGAUUCGAGCGGUUGGGGGGUGGUUGUUGGAUGGGGUCGUGUGGGUGUAUGAUAGAUACUGGUACCAGGAUAAAAAGCUUUAUCAGCAGGUUCAGAAGGCGACAUGGGAUAAAGUCAUUCUGGAUGAGGGUAUGAAGAAGGAGUUGACCGAGGCUGCGGAGAAGUUCUUCGAUAGUAAAGAUGUUUAUGAUGAUUUGGGGGUGCCAUGGAAACGUGGUCUCCUGUUCCACGGUCCACCUGGAAAUGGGAAGACCAUCAGCAUCAAGGCGCUCAUGCACACUCUUCUUAAUCGCAAGCAGCCCGUUCCGACUCUGUAUGUCAAAGCGGCCCCGCUCACAUACAACAUACAAGAAGUCUUUCGCCAAGCUCGCAAUCUAGCACCUUGCAUGUUAAUCCUAGAGGACAUCGAGACCAUUGUCACGCCCCAGACCCGUUCCUACUUCUUCAAUGAAAUGGACGGCAUCGAAGAUAAUAGUGGACUGUUCGUCGUGGGGUCCACAAACUAUCUCGAGAAGCUGGACCCCGGUCUCACGAGCAGACCUAGUCGUUUCGACAGAAAGUACCUCUUUCCCUUGCCCAAUGAACACGAAAGGAUACUGUAUUGCCAAUGGUGGAGAAGGAAGCUUGCUCACAACUCUGCUAUCGAAUUCCCAGAGCGACUAUGUAAGCCCAUGGCCGGCAUUACAGAUGGCUUCUCGUUUGCCUUUCUGCAGGAAUGCUUCGUGGGCAGUAUGCUGGCCCUGGCGCAUGAUUCAGGCGAUACUGGUGGCCCUGGGAAAGAUGAAGAGGACGAUAAAAAUCUGGACAAGUAUGAGCUUUGGAGAGUAUUCAAGAAGCAGGCCGCAGUCUUGCGGAAAGAGAUUAGGAAUGACUCCGAGGUGGUAACCCAGCCGUCUUUGCCAUCUGGCGAUGUUUCAGUUCUUGCUUUCGCAUCGUCGCAGGUCGCAGUGCCGAGGAGGUCAUCCGAGAAGCGGAGAGGCAUGCCCGGAACAUUCACCGACUCCGCUCUCGUUCCCUCGCUUGCGGCUCCUCAAGGACAGGAUUUUUUGGGCAUGGCGAGCAAUUUGAAUGUGCAGGGUGCGCAAGCUGGAACGGCGCGACUGAACACGACUAAGCAGACUGUGAUUAAUUCGCGGUCCUAUGCGAUGCAGUAAUACCUGUAAGCACCAAAGAACUUGCGUGUUCGUGACAUACCUGCGUACCUUACCUUAGUAGACUUGCCAAACCGGG